UUCUUCCAUUAAUCUUUGAGCUCGCCCGGGGAACCACCUGGCAAGUGGCCAGUCACAGCUUAGCAUCUCUCUCUCUAUCUCCAAAAACGACGUCGUAAUAAUAUCCUUGUUUAUUGAGAGCCCGGGCAUUCUACAUCUAAUGCAUAAUGUAAACAAUUUCGAUCCGCCGAUUCUAUUCAAUCCGCUGUUGCCUCGAUCUCAACCGCUGGCUCCUACGCUCUCUCUGGAUUCCCCAUUCUUCUUUUCCCUCCAAAUUCUAGGGUUAGGGUUUUGAAUUCUCAAGAGCCCCGUUAUACUCAACCACUGCUUACGUGUCGCCGAUGAACCCUUCGAGUCUCUAAGUUAUGUCCUCUGGAUCACUUCAUUCUGGCUGGUAGGAUUUUGGACACUUUAUUCCUAGCUCGUACAGUGGUGGGGUUAGAAAGGAGUUCUUGAGAUAGAGGACAUGCCUUUUAAUUUUAUAGCUUCACGACAGAUGCAGAUGAAGGUCUCUCUGGGAUGGCUAUCCUCCACUUUUGUCUUUCAAACUUUCAUCCCCUGCCAUCUGACGGGUACAGGUUUAGUUUUUGCGGAAAGUAGGAAUUUGACAUCAGUUUGGGCUGCUCAUGUUUCCACUGGUAUACUGCUCUUACAGGUCAACCUUAGCUUGUUGCCUAGACCCUAGUCUUCCUUUUGCUACAGUCACUAUCUCAAGUUUAGAGCAAUCCAUUGUGGCAAGACACCUAGUUGCAAUUGCCCUUUAUGCUGUGGUUGUUUCAAUUUGUGCCUCAAUCUUGGUGGAGAUUGUUUUCUCAAGGGUUAUUACUCUCCCUCUUUUGGCCCAAGUGCAUGCCUGGAUGGUGUUUAAUUUUGCAUCCUUUUGAGCUGCUAUGAUCCACUGAAGCUGUUGACAGAUAAUAUGCCAAGAGUAAGUCCACUUGGAACUUUGUUAAAGUUCCUUUCUUCGGGGCUGUUAUAGAAAAAAUAGUUAGAUUCACUUUUUUUUUCUGCAUCUAAAUUUGCCAGGUCUUCAUGCCUGCCAAUUCAGAGUUAAAGGUGCAUAAUUCAAGAAGCAGGUCCAAGCACUUUGUGAAUCUUCUAAUAGUUGAAGUUUCCCUUCCAUUUGCUAGCUAUGCAUACAAAGUUGUUUUAUGGUGUUUAUUUACUACUUUUUAUACGUACUGCUCAGUUAUAAAGGUUAUCAUACCAAUAAUGGAUAUUAUAUAUAUUUAAAUUUUUAUAUGUUAAGAUGUUAGAUGAACUGAAUGGAUGGUUUUUCCUCAAUCCAUAGUGAUAUUUUGUGCAAUCAAAAACAUUCUUUUCAGAACUUAACUGCUUUAUGAAUGCUUAGAUUCUCUAUCUAUUGCUUGUUGUCUUGAAGGAGGCUACAAUGUAGGGACCAGUUGGUUUCAAGUCACUUUCUAUUUUUGGCUUUUGGCCCAGAAACCUAGGUCAAUGUCUAUUUCAUUCUCCGACAACUGUAGGGACCCUUGUCUGCUAUUUUUGUUUUUGUAGAUUGUCGGUAAAUUAUAAUUACUUCUAGUUUUAAUGAAAGGACAUCACUUUCUCAAGCUUUCAAGUAUUGAGGAGAUCAAACUCACCACCACUAAGAGAAUUAGUGGAUGCAAAAGCCUGAAAUUCCCUUACCAAUAGAACUUGGUGAUAUUUGGUUUUCCCUUUUUCUUCUUGUUGAGAUUUCUAAUGUAUCUCCUUAACUGAUUCAAGGACCAAACUGCAGAAACGUGUGACAAUGAGCAUCAUUUUAUUUUAUUUUAUUUUCUAUACCCAGCACUAUUAUUUUUGUUCAUUGUCUUCUUUUAUAAUUGUUAGUAAUGAAUUGGAGGACUUCAUGUUAUUGUCUGUGUCAAAAUUUUGUAAUUCUGGCUGAGCAUUGUUUUUGUGUUUUGACCCACUUUUCUUAACCGACAUGCUUUUGCUUCUCUUUCAAUUCUCCUUGUAGCAUAAGGUAUAUUCAAUGCUGUGAAUAUAAACUUAUCUGCAGGUUUUGGAAGUAUUACAAUUUGAUAAUGUACACUUGAUAGGAGUUUAAGAAAUUAGCAGAAGUUUGUUUGCCAUGGUUAUGCAAUUUUAGUCGGAGUGGGAAGGUGUACUCUUUAUAGUUUCUUUAUAUACUUCCCUGUAAUUUUUGUUUUUAAUGUUGAUUUUGAUAACUCUUUUGAGACAUUGGGGUAUGGGUAUGAAGAUAAACUGUUUACAUAACAUAUUAAAUUAAGAAAAAUGCACAGCAGCUUCGUACGCACAUUUUGUCACAUUCAUAGUUUCAUUAUUUAAUGUACCACUGGCAUUUAUUGUGGUAUAAAAAAAGCAUUUUAUCCUUUUAAGUUGAGCCUUAAGUCUUAGCAGGUAGGAUGUAAGCAUCAGAAUGGUGAACUCACCUUUUCAAAUUGGUGGUACCAUCCCACCAAAUUAAUGCUAAGACAUUAGAAUGUGACGAGUGGAUGAUGAAACUAGGAGCAAAGUGAAAUCAACAAUUCUGACUUGAACAUAGGAAUAGGUCGUUUAGGUUUGUUUAAGGAGGAACUUUGAGGAAAGUGAAAUCAACAAUUCUGACUAGAACAUAGGAAUAAGUCAUCUAGGUUUGUAGAAGGAGGAACUUUGUAAAGUAAGAAGACAGUAGUUAUUCUUUUAUUGUGGUUUAAGUAGCAUCUUGGAUAAAUUAUGCUUGUGCAUGAACCUGCUCCUCCUAAACCCCAAUUGCCUUUUCAUUGUUGUUGUUUCACUUUUUAUAGAAUAGAUAAAUAUAUGAGAAAUGAUAGAAAGAGUAGAUUAUUCUGUGCUUGCUUUAGUUUCUGGAAGUGCUGCUUGAGAUGAAGAUGAAGUAUAUACAGGAACCUAAUUUCUUUGUAUAUUUACUUUCUUCUGAUUGUAGAUUAAACAAAUUUGCAAUGAGAGGUCAUCUAUUUUGCAAAGUUAAAAGGAAGUGUGGGGUAAAGGGUUGAUGCAACAGUACACUAUGAGUGCUAGUGGGGGCUCACAUUUCUGUUUCUUUUCUCCUUUUCCCUUUUCAAUUAUUAAAAUUCACAUAUAUAUAAAACUGGUAGGGGGAGGAUAUUAAGGUAUAUAAAUAUAUUUGAGAUAUGUUACAGAAGAGGCGGGCCUUUGCUAUUGCCCACAUUGUAGUCCCUUUCCCUUACAGUACAAAUUCAAUCCCUUCUCCUCUGUUUUCCUGCAUCCCUUAAUAGAGUGGAAGCCAUGGAAACUUCCCAGCCCCUCUCCAUUGAAAGCUUUUCAUACAGUUGGUUAGUAAACCUAAAGCCUUCUUUAGAAAGUCUUGACAGCUCCCUGAGGGCCUCAUUUGAUGCAUGUGAUGAAGCUUCCUUCAUUGAGAUGGACCCGAGAAUGCCACCCUCCAGGAGAUUCUUCAGAAAUUCUCAAGAUUUUAAGUUUGACUUUCCCAUCUCACAAACUCCUCUCACCCUUGUUCAUGCAGAUGAGCUCUUUUCCAAUGGUUAUGUCAUGCCUUUCUUUGUUAACCCUUUGAAGAUGGAGGCAUAUGAAGUCUCUAAUUCAACUUCAACCCUGCCUACCUCUUCACAUGCACCAAACCUUGUGGUUCCAGCUUGUAAAACAAGCCGUCCUUCUUUGAGAAGGUGUCGAAGAUUGUCCAAACGAAUAUUUUUGAAAUAUUUGGAUUUUCUCAGGCCAUUAUACAGAAGAAUACGAGGACGCAAGUCAAGUGGUAGAGCUGAAAGUGUUGAUGCAAGAGUUCAGGUAAUGAAGAAGUGGGUAUAUUCGGCAGAAACAUCUCCUCGAGUAAGUGUUGCCUACUCUGCUGAUGAGUGGAGAAAGUCUUGCGAUUCUGAAAGCUCAAUUUAUGAGGCAGUUUUGCAUUGCAAAAGAUCAAUCGGAAAAUGAAUGGAGGCAGAUCCGUUUCAAAUGCACAUGGGAGAGAGGAAAUGGGAGGUUAUCUGCCACUUGUUAUUUGUCCUCUUUCUUCUCUCUUCUUUUUGGGGUGACAAUGUACAUUUGUCCUGUAAGGAAGGUAAAGCUAUGUAAAUGGUUGGUUGGCCAUGGAAUUCUGGCCUGAUGGGGGGGAAAAGACCUUUGCCCUAUUUCGAAAUUUUGUUUUUGUCUUUUUCUUCGAAAGAGUAGGACUAACAACUUAAAGGAAUCCUCUCCUUUAUUCUGUAAAGUUCUGAUUUAAUGAAAAUAAGGAUUAUUUCAUUGAGG